AUGAAGUCCAUUUUUGCCCUAUUGUUUGUGCUUUGCGCUUUCGCAACGACCCAAGCGUUGGUUGUCGGUCGUGAUGCGACCACUCCCGCUAUAGUCGCCCGCGAAAUAGGCGACGUCUCAUAUAUUCGUGCUAAUGCCGAUAUCGGGAAACGUAAAUUCUUGGCCAGCGAGCCAGAACCUAUCCAGGAUGACGAUGGGAAUUAG